AUGGGCUCAAUUGACAUCGUCGGACCUCUAUUCCAACCACUGCGCCUAGGUGCCCUAUCUCUAAGCCACCGCGUCGUGCAGGCCCCCUGCACACGCAUGCGAUCAACCAAAGAGUCAGAUGGCGUCUUCGUUCCAAACGACCUCAACGUCGAAUACUACUCCCAACGCGCUUCAGCCGGAGGCUUCAUGUUGACAGAGGCAACUCCCAUCAGCAGAUAUGCCGCCGGAUACCCAGGCGUCCCCGGAAUAUUCACCGAGUCGCAAAUUGCUGGCUGGAAGAAAGUGACGGACGCAGUCCACGCCAAGGGCGCAUACAUUUAUUGUCAACUCUGGCAUGUCGGUCGAGCGACUGUUCCUUCGUUCAUCGAUGGGAAGCAGGCUGUCAGUUCCAGCGAUAUUCCCAUCACUGGGAAUGGUCUGGAUGGAAGCGAGUAUGCGGCUUCGCCGCCGCGGCCCAUGACGGUUGAGGAGAUCCAGGAGACUGUCCAAGAAUAUGCGGCUGCUGCGCUUCGUGCGAGAGAGGCUGGUUUCGACGGUGUUGAAGUCCACGGCGCAAACGGCUACCUCCUCGACCAAUUCCUCCACGACAACGUCAACAACCGCACCGAUUCCUACGGCAGCACAAUCGAAAACCGCUCACGCAUCGUCCUGGAAGUACUAACCGCCGUCGCUGCCGCAAUCGGUGCUGAUCGAGUCGGAAUCCGUCUUUCCCCGUACAACUAUUUCCAAGACACACGCGACUCCAACCCAAACGCGCACUGGCUAUCUCUCUGCUCGCAGAUUGCAAGUCUUCCAAGCGAAUCCCGGCCCUCGUACGUGCACAUGGUCGAGCCUCGCUUCGACGAGGUGCUGGACGAGGACGCGAAGAUCGGAUCGUUGGCGAUCGAGCGGCCUUCGCUGGAUAUAUUCCGGCCAACGUUGAAGAAGGGUGGCAUUGCAUUCCUUGCUGCGGGGAAUUUCAAUGCGGAGAAUGCGGGUCCGAAGAUUGUCGCUGAUGGGGCUGAUGCGGUUGUUUUUGGGAGGUGGUUUAUUGCGAAUCCGGAUUUGCCGAGGCGGUUGAAGGACAACUUGCCGUUGAAUUCGUAUGAUCGGACGACGUUUUAUGGGGCGAUGCCUGCUGAGAAGGGGUAUACAGACUAUCCCGUUUACAGUAAGUGA